AUGGAUCCUCAAGUCCGAGUCAAAGUCCAAUUCAUCCCUGCACGAGUCCAAGUUGAGUCACACGAGUCCAGAGGACAGCGACUCGACGACCUCCUCGAGGAUUUAGAGAGGAGUCCUCACGCUGCAGCCAUCGCCGAGUGCUUCGUAGAGAGGAGUGAGGCCUUUGACAUCUACACGCUCUACUGCAUGAACUACCCCAAUUCGGUGGCGGUGUUGAGGGACUGCAUGAAGAACCAGAGUCUGGUUCGGUUCUUCCAGGAGAGACAGACGACUCUGAGCCAUUCGUUACCCCUGGAGACGUACCUGCUCAAACCGGUUCAGAGGAUCCUCAAAUACCACCUACUACUACAGGAACUUUCUAAGCACUUUGACAAGAGCGCGCCCGGAUAUGAGGUCAUCGAGGACGCCAUCAUCACCAUGACAGCGGUGGCCUGGUACAUCAACGACAUGAAGAGGAAGCAGGAGCACGCGGUGCGACUACAGGAAAUCGAGUCCCUGCUGGUGAACUGGAGCGGGCCGGACCUGGGCGGGUUCGGAGAGCUGGUUCUAGAAGGUUCCUUCAAGGUGCAGCGCGUGAAGAAGGAGAGAGCCUUCUUCCUGUUCGAUACCAUGCUGCUGAUCGCCAAGAAGAGGCUGGAGCAGUUCGUCUACAGCACGCAUAUCUUCUGCUGUAAUCUGCGAUCAGACCAUUCCCAAACAGCAGUGAAGGAUUCUCUGUGCUUCAAGGUGUCCGAUCAGACCAUUCCCAAACAGCAGCACGUUGUCCAGACGAAGAACCAGGAGGAGAAGAGGCUGUGGGUCCACUACCUCAAGAGACUGAUCGUAGAAAACCAUCCCGCUUCUCUCCCACAGAAGGCGAGGCAGGUCCUGGGAGACAACUUCUGUCAGUCUCCUCAGUUUGACAACCUGAAGAAGUCGUCCGCAUCGCCGCGAUUGGACGAUAGCCGCGGUUACCACCGAGGCAGGCGCCAAUCAGAGCCUCCAGAGCUGCUGUUGUACACACCCGAGAAGUCCAGGAAGAGUCUGCCGCUGCUGCUGGAGGGAAACCUGCCGUACAGACGCACCAGGAGACAGUCAGCUCCGGCUAAAGACAUCGAAGCGGCAUUUCAUCCCAACGCUUUGAAGCAGGCGGGAAGCGAGGGCGAGCUGUGCCAGGCAGACAGUCUGGGCUCGGCGGGCAGCAGCAGCACACUCGCGUCCUCCGUCAUUGAGGUGGAGGCCGAGAGGACCGAACCCGGCCUGACGCCACAGCUGCAACCAAACCGAGAGGAAGAGGAGGAAGAGGAUGCAGAGGAGCUGACCCCCCUCAGCCCUCUUCCCACGCUGUCCAUCACCGAAGAGAUCCUGGAGUUCAUCAACCAGAGCAGAGCCAGGGAGGGACUCACCGCCAUUCACACUGGCCCCACGGAGCAGACCCUGGAUGAGCCUGAAGAGGGUCUUCCUCCAUCUAACCAGACCAACUUCACCUGCCCACUGCCGCCAGUCUCCUGCCCCUCCAAUCCACAACAAAUACCCACAAUGCAGCAGGAGCAGGAAAGAGCAGAGUUGGAGAAGGACAGCAAGCUUCAAGGCCAGACUGGCGCCUCUGGAGAGGAAAAAAAUCUUGAAAACGAAGUCCAAGUACUUCCAGAUGCAACAAGUGAAGUGGAAAAGGGUGUGGAGGAAGAUGGAGGGUCACAAGAAGAAGUGGUAGAAAAAGAGAAAGAAGAGGAGAAAACAGGGGAUGAAGGAGAAGGAGAGAGCAUCAACCCUGGCGCAACAUCAGAUCUCUGUCCCUCAAUCUCAGUGGAGGAAGAAAGAGAGAACAGCAGCAGUUGUCUUUCACAAAGGGAAGAGGUGAAACCUGAGGCCACCCCUUCCUCCCCAAAUCCAGAACUCCCUCAUCCCUCCACCAUCCCGAGAUGCCAGCCACCCACGAGAGGCUCCCACCUCACCAAGCGUGACAAAAAGAUCAUCGAAAAGAUAAGGAGUUACUAUGAGGCAGCAGCCGAGGCCGAAGAGAACGAGGCAGAGGAGGAAGGUGAACGGGGAGAAGGAUUGGCAUCGAGAAGGAGAAACAGUUUCUCACAAAUCCCAUCUGGCUUGGUGAAAGAGUCGGUAUCCCGCUUUGAUGUGAGUGGACCCCAGGGGGGGCCAGAGAGUGGACAAUCCAAUUAUGAAACAACUGAAGCUGAGACUGAUCAAGAAACAGAUCCCUAUUCCCCCACUGGUCCCAUCUCUUCCCCUACUCUACUCUCAGCAGAUGCAGAGAAUGAUGGACGGGCAGAUGAACCAAUCAGCUCCUUGGAUUUUGAAGUAGAGGACCCAACCUCACCAAACUCUAGCGUGAUGCAGGACAAAGAGACCCCAAACAACGUGGGCCUGGAUCUAGAGUUAAACCCAAACAGGCCUGUUGGACAAGAAGCUGAGAUACAGGACAUGAAUGGAAAAGUCUGCAAAGAAGUAUUGGAGGAAAAGCAAGAGGUGAAGACAAGAGUUGUGGCUUCUGAGGAGAACGGUGGAAAUGCAACGCAAGGAGAAGGACCAUCUGUUACACAACAGUCCAAGUGCGGAGAUGAAACAAUCAAAACCAGUGAUGGAAAUCAAGCUGUUAUGAAUAGGCAUCACCCUAACCCAGCAGAACCAAACGGAAACCAUAAGGAACCUCCUACACCUCUGCCACCUACAGAACAAUGUAAAAAAAACUGAGACCAAAACUGAUUCCACUUGGA